UCAGCCCUGUGAGCCAUGUCCUCCAUGUCCAACACGUUGCUUGCCUGGACCCUCCUUGCCCUCCUGGGCCUGGGAGCCUCCUGCAAUUUCAUCGUGCCCCGCAGCGAGUGGAAGGCCCGGCCGGCUGAGUGCUCCCAGCGCCUGCAGCACCCAAUCCGCUAUGUGAUAAUCUCACACACGGCGGGCAGCACCUGCGACAGCCCGACCACCUGUGAACAGCAGGCCCGCAAUGUUCAGCAUUACCACAUGAGCUCACUGGGCUGGUGCGACGUGGGCUACAACUUCCUCAUUGGAGAGGACGGCCACGUGUAUGAAGGCCGAGGCUGGAACAUCAAGGGUGACCACACAGGACCCACCUGGAACCCCAUAUCUAUCGGCAUCACCUUCAUGGGCAACUACAUGGAGCGGGUACCCCCAAAGCGGGCCUUCCGUGCCGCCUUGAACCUUCUGGAAUGUGGGGUGGCUCGGGGCUUCCUGAGAUCCAACUACGAAGUCAAAGGACACCGGGAUGUGCAGAACACGCUCUCUCCAGGAGACCAGCUCUACGAAGUCAUCCAGCGCUGGCAAAACUACCGCGAGUGAGGCCCUGUGUAGCCACCAGCCUGAACCCCUUCCCGCCACGUGCUCCAUCCCCACACCAUCUGUCCUCCCAGUGACCCCACCAAUAAAGAGAUAGCAGACCACG